UGUUAAUUUUCCAUCAAUUAAAGCGUGAUUAUGACAGCUAUAAACCCUUUUGUCUUCAUAGCGCUGACAUUAGGCACUGGUGCAACGAAUGGAUAUGAACAAGCAGGAAGCAAUCCGCCCAUUUACGGGCAUUCUCGCCAAGAUUAUGGACCUCCAUACAAAGUCGAAGAGAGCCCGGCGUUUCUUUACAAUCAGUACAAGCAGCAAUACGCUCCUCCAUAUUCAACAGGUGGGAAUAACGGAAUCCUAUUCCAAAACAAUUCCAGGUACUCUGAAUAUCCAGCGAGUUACCAUCAGAAAGGAAUAAAUUAUUUGGAUUCUAGCGGUCGCGAUAGUCGUAAAUACCAAACGCAGCCGUACCAACCAGAAAUUCCAAACUAUCCUAAACCUGCGCCAUCAGAGGUCAUCGGCCCCAGAUGCUUUCCCGAUUAUCCCAAAAAGAACGCACAUAUUGCCGGGUUCUGUCUUGCACGAAGUGCUAUUGAUGUGUGCCGAAAAGCCAAUCUGACAAUCUCCGUUUCAAGAGACUGUAAUAACUUUCAAUAUGGUGAUGCUGUAUGCUGCCAUGCCAAGCAAACCUCAUCCUGCGGCAGAAAUGAUACGUUGUCGGCAACGUAUCUCAGUUCCCAUUCUGCUUGUGUGCAAGAAAUGCAAUGCGGAAUUGCCAACAUCGACCCCAAAAUAUUUGCGCCAUUAGAAAAACCACCGAAGUUCCCCCCGAGAAAUAGAUCCAGAGAUUCCUCACAGUCGGCAGUACAGCUGUUCGCAAAGCAACAGGAAGCUUUCAAAGCUUACCUGAGUUUCUUAGGUGGCCUAUCGACGGUACAGGGCAGAAUUGUGGGCGGCUUUGAAGCUCCCAACGGAAGUGCAUCACUUUGCUGGCAGGUAUCGGUUCGGGUCCGAUCGCCCAAUAUCGAUGCAGGUCUCUGCGGUGGGGUCAUCAUCGGAGCACAGACAAUCGUCACCGCUGCCCAUUGUGUGACCAUCCCAAAAAAUAUUACCGCUGACGGAGGUUAUAAUGCGUCUGAUGUCACCUGGACCGUUAAUAUUGGCACCCAGGCGGUUUCGUCGGCUCCGAAUCGAACCUAUUUCUAUUCGUCGGUCGUCGAGAACUGCUCCCGCGAGUAUGCUGUCCGUGAGGCCAUUCCCCACCCCGAUUACGACCCGCAAACAUUCAACCAUGACGUCGCGGUGUUAAUUCUGUCCGAACCUAUCGAUUUUCGUCUGCACAGUGCUUGUGCUUGUAAAAUGUGUUUAACACCGAAAAUCCAGCAACCAGGAGACAGAUGCGUGGUAUCCGGAUUUGGGAUGGAAUCCAUGUUCGACACAAAUGCUGCCGGUAAUUACACAACUCCGGACCCACCGCGCUCUUAUGUCCCUUUGAAGUACGUUCAGCAAAUUAUCGCUCCCAAAGAAGCGUGUCUCGGAGUGGAUUCUGAGUUGCAAACUGACUUCGGGCUUGUUCUUUGCGCUGGGGGCGUUACCGGCGAAGGGAUAUGUUUUGGUGAAAGCGGGGGGCCUCUGACGUGCUAUGAUCACAAAACCGGCACCCAGUACCUGGCGGGAAUCGUGUCGGCUCUCAGCGGAUGUGGAUUUGGUAAACCCAGCCUGUACAGUGGUGUCGCUCCGAAUUUACCAUGGAUCUUCAAUACGGCUCCUCUUGGUGAUGUCUCUAUCAUGAUUUGAAGAAAAACGCGAUAACCCUUUAUCCAUCCAAUGAACUGGAAAAUGGGACGCGAAAUUAGAUUCUCCAGGUGCAUUGUAUAUAUUUCCUGGCAUUAUGUAUAUCGCACAGAAAAUAUCAAGCCGAGCGAUCCAAUCAGUUCAGUUUUUGUAAAUUCUGAUGACCCGUUUCUUCAGAAUGUAUAAAAGGAAAACCGUGUGACUGUGCUGCUGUAGUAUCGAUGCUAAUCCCU